AUGCGUAAAAUCUACCUCAAAUCCGGCUUAGGAGACGAGACCUACGCACCACAAUUCGUCUUCGAAUCAAACCCCGAAGCGAACUUGAAAUAUGCUCUGGAUGAAGCUCAACAAGGCAUGUUCUCAUCCAUCAACUCACUCCUUGCCAAAACCAACAUCGACCCAAGUCGUAUCGAUUGCCUAAUUGUUACAUGCGGGAGCUUCUCUCCCGUGCCCUCCCUCACAUCCCUCAUUGUCAACCGUUUCAAUCUCAAACCCGACGUAAAGACGUACAAUCUAAGUGGCAUGGGAUGCAGUUCUGGAGUAAUAUCAAUUGAUCUAGCCGCCAAUCUGUUGAAGCAAAGCAAAAAAAUUGGUUAUGCUCUUGUGGUCGUAACCGAGACUAUUAGUUUGGAUUGGUACUAUGGCGAUAACCGUCCCAUGCUUGUAACCAAUUGCAUUUUUCGAGUCGGUUGUGCGACCGCAUUGAUCACAAACGACCCUUGUUGCCGCCUGGUUGCAAAGAUGGAACUCAUUCACUCGCUUCGUACUCACCACGGAGCGAGUGAUCGAGCUUAUAAAGCCGCAUUUCAAGAGGAGGAUAACAAGGGCAAUACCGGGUUUGCUCUUAAUAAAGAUUUAAUAGCGGUUGCGGGCAUGCAUUUACUUGAGCACAUCAAAAUUCUUGCUCCCCGAGUCCUACCACUGACUCAACUUGGUGUUUACGUGUACUCGGUCAUUGGUUGUGCAUUUUCAGGGGGGAAGUCGAAACCGAUAGUCCCGGAUUUUACCAAGGCAUUUGAUCAUUUUUGUAUUCACACGGGCGGGAAAGCGGUGAUCGAGCAGGUUGGGCGGGUUCUGAGUUUGAGUGACGAGUUGACUGAGCCGGCUCGGAUGAGUUUGCACCGAUUCGGGAACACAUCGAGUAGUCUUGUAUUUUAUGAGUUAGCAUAUUUUGAGGCUAAGGGGAGAGUUAGGAAAGGAGAUAGGGUUUGGAUGUUGGCGUUUGGGACAGGGUUUAAGGUCGGAAGUCUUGUUUGGAAGGCAGUUUCGGAUUUAGGUCAAGGUGGUGAUGGCAAUCCAUGGAGCGACUGUAUUGAUAGGUACCCACUGAAUUCAUGGUAA